GAAAGAAAAAUGAACGUUCUCCCUUGCUAAGCAAGUCUACUCUCUACCCAGUCAAAUACGUUGUUUGGGGAUCACCGGAUCAGUGUCUCAGAAACCCAACUGCUUCCUCCUUCUCCGCUUUUUCCCAUUUGAAAAAAUUUGCAUUCAUUCCCAAACCUACACACUUCCAAAAUCACCGUUUUCCCUUCCCAAACACAUCCAAAAAAAAUAAUCAGAAUGUCCUUCUUGGCCCCCGCGAAGGCGCUGCUCUCGGCGGCGGCCUCUCUGGCCGCCACCGCAAUGGUGGUCCGCUCCGUGGCGUGCGACCUCCUUCCGUCGGAGCUCCGAUCCUUCAUCAGCAACGGCAUCCACAGCAUGUUCUCGCGCUUCUCCCCGGACAUAACCCUAAUCAUCGAAGAGAUGGACGACCUCGACAACAACCAAAUCUACGAAGCCGCGGAAACCUACCUCAGCUCCAAAAUCUCUCCCACCACACAGAGACUCAAGGUGAGUAACCCGGUGACAGACAAAACCUUCGCCCUCACCAUGGAGCCCAACGAACCCCUAACGGACGUUUUCAGAAGCGUGAAGUUUAUCUGGAUCCUCGUUUGCCGUCAGUUGGAGUCCCACAGCUUCUACAACCCGCGCGACCUGAAAUCCACCUUGAAAUCAGAGUUUCGCUCGCUGGAACUCACUUUUCACAAGAAGCACAAGGAGAUGGUACUCAACACCUACAUUCCCUAUAUUCUCCAACAAGCCAAGUCAAUUAAGCAGGAAACGAAGGCGCUUAAGAUCUUCACUGUGGACUACCAGAACAUUUACGGCAACAUCGGUGACGCCUGGGUGGGGAUAAAUCUGAACCACCCGGCCACGUUCGACACGCUGGCGAUGGAGCGCGUCGUGAAAGAGUUUGUCAUGAAGGACUUGGAGAGGUUCGUGAGGAGGAAAGAGUAUUAUAGGAGAGUUGGCAAGGCGUGGAAGAGAGGGUAUUUGAUGCAUGGUCCCCCGGGCACUGGGAAAUCGAGCCUCAUUGCUGCUAUGGCGAAUUACUUGAAGUUUGAUGUCUAUGACUUGGAGCUCACGGAGCUGCAGGUUAACUCGGAGCUCAGGAGGCUGCUCAUUGGCAUGGCGAAUAGGUCUAUUCUUGUCGUGGAGGACAUUGAUUGCACUGCUGAGUUUCAUGAUCGGAGAACUAGGUCCAGAGCUGCUUCUGGAAAUAACAACGAUACACAGCUUACACUAUCGGGGUUGCUGAAUUUCAUUGAUGGGUUAUGGUCAAGUUGUGGGGAUGAGAGGAUCAUAGUGUUCACAACAAACCACAAGGGCAAGCUUGACCCUGCAUUGCUUCGCCCUGGUCGAAUGGAUGUUCACAUUCACAUGUCCUACUGCACUCCCUGUGGUUUCAGGCAGCUAGCUUCCAAUUACCUAGGAAUCAAAGAGCAUUCUCUCUUCGAACAGAUCGAGGAAGAGAUGCAGAAAACCCAGGUGACUCCUGCUGAGGUAGCAGAGCAGCUUCUGAAGAGCAGGGGCAUUGAAACUAGACUCGAACAACUUUUAGAUUUCAUGAGAAAGAAGAAAGAAACUCAGGAAAUGGAGGCUAAAAAGAAGCAACAACUUUUAGAUUUCUUGAGAAAGAAGAAAGAAACUCAGGAAAUGGAGGCUAAAAAGAAGGAACAGGAGGCUGAAGACGAAGAGGAACAGCAGGGGAAGGAGAUUGAUGAUGGUAGUGAAGAAGAAAAUUUUGAUAGUGAUGAUGACAAUAACGAAGAAACUAGCCUCGAACAAUUUUUAGAUUUCAUGAUAAAGAAGAUAGAAACUCAGGAAAUGGAGGCUUAAAAGAAGGAACAGGAGGCUAAAGACGAAGAGGAACAGCAGAGGAAGGAGAUUGAUGAUGGUAGUGAAGAAGAUUUUGAUAGUGAUGAUGACAAUAACGAAGAGAGAAGCAUUACUGAGUUAAAUACCACUUGUUGAAAUUUUGUAUUUUGUAGGGUCAGAUAAGAUUAGUCCCUAACAUAAAAGUUUACCUUUUUGUUUGGUUUGAACUAUACAAUUGUGCUGUAUGGUUAUCCAUCGUUUUGAAUCUUCCUGAGAUUUUGAGGUACUUAUUUUUCUUUUUCACUUUCUGCUUGUUAAAUCCAAAGAAUAUACUAUAACCACUGUUGAUGACAAAAGGAUUGUUACUGUUCGGGAGUGGAUGUCCAUUGUCAAACCGUGUCCACCAUAUUUUUAUCUCUGUUUUUUA